AUGACAAACUGGAUCCUCGGUGACAAGUUCUACACCGUCUACCCACACAAGAACUCCAUCAAGGGUUUGUGGGAGUCCAAGUGGAAAUUUGCUUGUUCAAAGUCCAUCUAUCCUUUUCACGAUGGCUCGAUUGAGGAUUUUGAGCCCAUCUUCGAGAAGCUCAUAGCCGAGAACAUCAACGAUGCUUACACUGAUGAUUACACCAGCGCCUUCCUGCCUGUUGCCAAUGCACUUGAAACCAAAGCCCAGGAAGCGAUGCAAAAUGGCAACAUCGAAAAGGGAGCCGAGUACUAUCGCCGUGCAGCUGUAGUUUAUCGGAUUUCUCGCUUCCCCUACGUUAGCCCUGCCUCGGCGGGCACAAAGUCAAUCAAGCGCCUUGCCUUUGAGCGUCAGAAGAAGGCCUACGUGGCCGCUGCAUCAACCUGGGCACCUGCCAUGAACGAGGUCGUCAUCCCACACAAACGUCGUGCUGGCUCAGAUGGCGCUUCGAUUCCUCUUCUUGUUCGCGUGCCCGAACACGCCACCGCCAGUAAGCCGGUCCCCGUGGUGUUGAUCAUGACCGGUCUCGACGGCUACCGCUGCGACAACUCCCAGCGUACCCACGAGAUUGUCGGCCGCGGAUGGGCGACUGUGAUCUGUGAGAUUCCCGGAACAGCAGACUGCCCUGCUGACCCCGCGGAUCCUGAAUCUCCGGAUCGUCUCUGGAACUCGGUGCUGGAGUAUAUGGCUUCUCGGCCCGAGUUCGAUAUGAGCAAAGUCGCUGUUUGGGGACUCAGUGCCGGCGGAUUCUAUGCCAUUCGGGCAGCCUCGAUGCAUGCAAAAUACCUCUUGGGUUGCGUGGCCCAUGGACCAGGAUCUCAUCACUUUUUGAGCCCGGAAUGGUUGGAAAGAAUUGAUGAUCACGAAUAUCCUUUCCUGAUUACCCCUGCCAUGUCUGAAAAGUAUGGCUUCAAGAGUGUUGAGGACUUCAAGAGAAAUGGGCAGAAAAAGUUCUCGCUCGUGGAGACUGGUGUUGCCGACAAACCAUCUUGCAGGCUUCUGCUCCUUAAUGGGGUUGAUGAUGGCGUUGUUCCCAUUGAGGACUGCCUUGUCUUGUUCAACCACGGAACUCCUAAAGAGGGACGAUUCGUUGAAAAACUUCCACACAUGGGCUACCCUACUAGUCUACCAGUUGCCUAUGACUGGCUUGAGAAACUAUUGGCCGGUUCUGAGCAAUGUCUGAAAAACUAG